GGCCGGGAGAGAGCGGGGUGGGCACAGCUCAGGGUAAGGGGUGGGCUGAGGGGGACCCCACUCACGGCUGUGCUGUGGCGGGGGGCUGUGGCUCUGGGGAUUGUCCCAGCCCGGAGCACACGGGUGGGACUGGGCGCCCUGUGGGGUUUAGGGACACUGGAACACCUCGUGUCACCCUGUGCCCCCAGGGUGCUCCCCCCACCCCGUACCCUUGGGGUGCUCCCCCCACCCUGUACCCCCAGAGUGCUCCCACUCUGCCCUGCAUCCCCAGGCCAAAGGGUGGGGAGGGGGUUUCUCCCGCGUGUCCAUCCAUCCCCGUGGUGAGUCCGUCUGUCUGUCCGUGCACCUCAGGCUCGCCAUGGCCCUGCCCCGCACGCUGGGGGAGCUGCAGCUGUACCGGGUGCUGCAACGUGCCAACCUGCUGGGCUACUACGAGACCUUCAUCCAGCAAGGGGGGGACGACGUGCAGCAGCUCUGCGAGGCGGGCGAGGAGGAGUUCCUGGAGAUCAUGGCGCUGGUGGGCAUGGCCACCAAGCCCCUCCACGUCCGCCGCCUCCAGAAGGCCCUGCGCGAGUGGGCCUCCAACCCGGGGCUCUUCAGCCAGCCCGUCUCAGCUGUGCCCGUCAGCAGCAUCCCGCUCUUCAAGCUCUCCGAGGCCGGCGGGCGCAAGGCCCUCAGCAAUGGCCACGCCAGCCCCGGCGAGGCCGCGGGCAAGGGCGGCGGCAGCGCCGGGACGCCCCCGGCCCGCAGCCCCACGGAGCCGGGGGAGAAGCUGUCGCCGUCCGCGGCCCCGCAGUGGCCGGGGAGGAGCACCCCCGAGUCGGAGGGCGGCGGGGAUGAGGAGCCGGGGGGUCCCCCCUUCUCCCCGGGCGGGAGCGGCGGGGAGCAGGCGGCGGGCGCAGAGCUGGAGCCGGAGCUGGUGCGGACGGUGGCGGAGAGCGUGGAGCGGCUGCUGCAGAGCUGCCCCCGGGGCGGCGGCGGCGACGCCGAGCUGCGGACGCUGAUGAAGGUCAACAAGAAGCUGGCCAAGGCCGUGGGGCACAUCUUCCAGCUGGAGGACGGCGACCGGCAAAAGGAGGAGGAGAUCCGCCGGCACAGCGCGAUCUAUGGCCGCGGCGAGGCCCGGCGCCGCGAGGGCAAGCAGCUCACCCUGCACGAGCUCAUCAUCAACGAGGCGGCCGCCCAGUUCUGCCUGCGGGACAACUCGCUGCUGCUGAAGCGCGUCGAGCUCUUCUCGCUCUCGCGGCAGGUCGCGCGGGAGAGCACCUACCUGUCCUCGCUCAAGGUCGCCAGGGCCCUCCCCGAGGAGAGCGGAGCCGUCACAGCCAAGCGGCUCAAGCAGGAGGCGGGAGAGCAGAGCCGGCCCGAGCUGCUGGCGCUGCCCGUGGGGCUGGAGCCCCCCGGGGUCGUGUACCGAGCCAGCCUGGAGGAGGACACGGGCAGCCUCUCCGGGGAGAGCCUCGAUGGCCACUUGCAGGCUACAGGGGCCUGUCCCCGGCUGACCCCCCCGCCCGGCACGGCCCCCGACGUGCCCCUCGGCCUGGCCCCCCACGGGCUCUGGAGCCGCCACAUCCUGCAGCAGACGCUGAUGGACGAGGGGCUGCGCCUGGCCCGGCUGGUCUCGCACGAGCGCGUGGGGCGGCUCAGCCCCUGCCUGCCGGGGAAGCCCCCGGGACCAGAGUUCGAGGACGGGCUGGCGGAACGGGGUCCUCCGGCCCCCCCCGAGCCCCCCCGGGGCACCAUCAAGGUGGAGCAGGAGACCAGCCGGCAGUGAGGCCCCCGUAGCCCCCCCGCCACCAUUAACGAAGCAAUAACGUGCUGGGGGACGGGUGCUGGCGGUGCUCCGGGUGCGGGGAGCCUGGGGUAGGGGGGGCUCAGCCGCAGCCCCCCCGGGCCCCCUCCCCUCCCACACCCACGCUCUGGUUACCUCAGCCGCGGCGGGAUGCGCCUCCCCGCAGCAGCAAUACCCUCAUCCCGCCCGGCUCCGGGCC